GAAAAGUGUCCAUCAAAGGAGAAAGUCUAGCCGACAUUGACAGUUACACAAUAGCAACCGCAUCGUCGUCUCCAUAGCGACCGCGAAGCUCACCGGUGGAUUACACUACCCUGCUCAGCAGGCCUCGUCGACCUCAUCGCGAAGGAAGCCCAACUUCUGCUACCACCGUACACCGACCACAUCCCAGUAGGCCUCGGUCGUCUGGGAAACGACAACGCAGCAGCAGCAGCAGCGGCAAACUUGACAACGGCCGGAUUGGGCGGACAGAUUCCGUGCCCUCUUUCGCAACGUCUCCAUACAAGAUGCCCAGCAAGGUCAGCAGUCGCCACAGCCGUAGCAGCAGCAGCAGCAGCAGCAUAUGCCGGCUCGUUGGACUUAGCGUUUGCGUGGUCGUGGUCAUGGCACUGGUCCAGCUGACUAGCCCCGGUCAGGCCGAGUCGACUACCGCUCGGACGCAGGUCUCGGACGAAGCGCUCGAGAAGGCCCUCAGCGACAAGCGGUACCUGAUGCGCCAGCUCAAGUGUGCCCUCGGAGAGGUGGCCUGCGAUCCGGUGGGAAAACGCCUCAAGAGCCUGGCACCAUUCGUCCUUCGAGGAGCUUGUCCUCAGUGCACGCCAGUGGAGAUGAACCAGAUCAAGAAGACGCUGGCCCAUCUGCAGCGAAAUUUCCCCUCGGAAUGGAACAAACUCGUGCAGACGUACUCCGGAUGA